CACAUUUGACACUGUCAGAUCGCGAAAUUUUGAAAUUUUGUAUAUAUUUUGAUUAAUAUUUCUGUAAUCUCGUAUCACAUAGAAUGGAUAUAGAUGAAAUUGUACCUUCUGACCACCAGGAAAAUCAUAAUGGUAGUUCCAAUGACUACGAAGUCACAUAUAAUUCAAACGAGCACAAUCAAUACGAAUAUCCCAAAUUAUUCAAUAGUAAAACAUUACUAGAACUCUGUUACUCUUCUUCUCCAUCUCUUAUGAGCAAGGGAGAUGUACAACCGUAUUUGCGUGGGUGUAAGUGGUCACCAGAUGGUACGUGCUGUCUGUCUGUUGUAAAUAAUGAUGGAGUACAUGUUACGGAGCUCCCGAGAGAUCUUUACUCAGGUUCUGUGGAUUCUAAGCGCAAGAUAGACGUGUUAGAUCCUGUUAUUCAUGUCAAAGAAAGUGGACUUAUUUAUGACUUUUGUUGGUACCCUGGAAUGAAUAGUACUAUACCAGAAUCAUGCUGUUGGAUAACAACAAGACAGAAUGCCCCUAUACAGAUGUGGGAUGCCUUUGAUGGCUCCUUAAGGUGCUCAUAUAGAGGAUUUAAUGCUGUUGAUGAAAUGGAACCAGCAAUAUCAGUGACAUUUAAUAAUGAAGGCAAUAGAAUCAUAGGUGGAUAUAAAAAGGUUUUAAGGACUUUUGAUGUCGAAAGACCCGGUAGAGAUUAUGCGGAACAUAAAAUAAAUUCCCCCGCAUCAUGUUUUGCUACGAGUGGCAAUCUCUUGGCUGUUGGUUCUUGGAAUUCAACAAUUAGCCUUUUCAAUGUCAAUGAAAUGGGCAAUUAUAAAAGUAUAGGAAAAAUGCAUGGACACACUGGCGGAGUAACCCAUGCGAAGUUUACACCUGAUGGUUUAAAAUUGGUAUCAGGAAGUCGGAAGGACCAUAGACUUUUAAUAUGGGAUAUAAGAUAUUAUCGUACACCACUUAACAUAUUAAGUAGAGCAGUGGAUACCAACCAAAGAGUUUACUUUGAUAUAUCACCUUGUGGCAAAUAUUUGGUCUCUGGUGGUACUGAUGGUUUGGUCAAAGUGUGGGACUCUAAUAAAGUGAAUUGGCAUUCGAGGUUAGAUGUCACAGACGGAGAUAAAUAUAAUGUGACAUAUAUUUUUCCAUUACACAAAGAUUGUUGUAACAGUGUAUCGAUACACCCUUGUCGACCGAUAUUAGCCACUGGUUCAGGUCAGUACCACUUCAAAGACCCAUUGGCUAUCACUUCUGAUGAAAAAAUUGAUGAAAUCGAAAAGAAUCAAGAUACUAAAGAAUUUAUUAGUGAUAUGAAAUAUUCUGAUGAAGCAGAGAACAGUUUAGUGUUCUGGUGGACCGGUGAUAUUGAUGUAUAAGUAUAUUUUGUA